UCGUUAAACUGCAUGUAAGAAUUUCAAAAGAUGCACAGAAUAUUAGUUUUGUGCUAUUAUUUUGUAGCUAUUGUUGCAAAUGACGACUUUCUGUUGGAAAAAUUUCCUGUCGAUUUUGGAUGGGGAGUAUGUAGUUCAGCAUACCAAACGGAAGGAGCAUGGAACGAACACGGCAAGGGUGAAAGUAUCUGGGACAGAUUUACACAUAGUGGUCAUGUACUAGGUGGAGUCACAGGUGAUGUGGCAGCAGACAGCUUCAAUAAAUACUCAGAAGAUAUCACUUGUAUUCAACAUUUAGGGGCAAAGCAUUUUAAACUUCAGUUGUCCUGGACCAGAAUACAGCCAUCAGGUGAUGGACCAUUUAACACUGAAGGCAUACAGCACUAUCAUAAUGUCAUUACUGCUUACCAAGAAGCAGGGAUUUCCCUCAUGGUGGAGUUAUAUCACUGGGAUCUACCUCAGGCACUUCAAGAUUUAGGAGGAUGGCUCAAUCCUACCAUUGUUGAUAAAUUUGCAGCUUAUGCAGAUAAAUGCUUCAAGGAAUAUGGCCUCAAGGUGAAACAAUGGAUCACAUUUCAUGACCCUUACACAUUUGUUUAUGGAGGAUAUGGAACAAAAGACAUGGCUCCUGGUAUUGAUGGCCCUGCAGAGACUGUUUACAAGGCUGCUAGUAAUGUCUUACUGGCUCAUUCUACUGCAUACAACAGAUACAAGAACAACUACAAAACUAAACAGCAAGGAUCUCCUAAAUAG